AUGGCGGGAGGGGGCCUCGUGGACCUGGCCCUCCACAGAGACAGCACCCUGCUGUCCAACAGGACUGCCCGGCCCUGCGUCCCCCGCACGCCCAUCACGGCCGCCCAGGGACCAGCCUGUCACUGCCCUGGCUGGGGUUGUCCCCGCCUGGCCCUCGGCCCCUCCCACCUGUCCCUCCUUCUGCCGGCCUCCCCCCACCCGGCCAUCAUUCCUGCUCCAGGGAGCCCUGACGCUGGUCAGGGCCAGAGCGCCCAUUGGCACCCAGGGGACCCCGCUCCUGCCACAGACGACCCAAGGCCCAGGCUAGGGUGGGGUACGAGCCGGGGCAACAUUGAGGACAGUCCCCAAAGACUCCAUCAUCGAGAUGAGCGACGUUUGAACUUCCCCAAGCUGAGUGGCCGGGGUGUCCCUGAGCUCAAAACGGACCCACUGGCCUUUCCAGCGGACCCUGCCUUCUGCACACGUGUCAGCGGGCCUGCGGGCUUCCUGGUGGCCUCUCCACGUCUGCUCGGCUCCUGUGGGCAGAGGUGUGGUGGGGAGGGCCGGCGCCUGGUCCUGGAGCAGAGCCCUGCCCCGGGGCAGGCAGAGCCCGCCGGCUCCGGGCGGCACCUCACCUGCCCUCUCCUCCCACACCACGCAGGGCCCCCCCAGGCCCUUGCCGAGCCCCGGAGGGACACCCCUCUGUCCCUUGAGCUGCGAGCCCAGCCCAGAACCCCUGCUCCGCCUCCGCCCUUUCCCACUGUGGCCGGGAAGGGGCCACCAGACGGGGACGAGGAGCCACCUCUGCGAGAUCCUUCAUCUGCCUCAUUGGAUCCAAAAGGGGAAGGUGCAGGAGGAAGUCAGCUGGGCCCGACUGCCCACUGGGCCUGGCUCCUGGCCUGGCGGGUGUCCACAGUGCACAGGGAACAGCGUGGACGCAGCCUGGAUGGCCUCAGAGGCACCUAGCAGAGAGAGGAAGACAGAAAUCAGACCGAGGGUGCCCGUUAUGGAACCUUCUGGAAAAGACAAAGUUACAGUGGUGAGGACAGACCAGCGGACGUGGGGGGACAUCCAGGGACAUUUCACGUGACGGGCUGUUGUGGAUCCCGGGUGGUGGCACAAAUCUGCAGGUGUUAAGUCCUUAGACGUGCCUGGUGCGAGAGAGCCAAGGACUCUGUUCACGGUGACCCACCUGCAGGGGCUGGGAGAAAACCAGACUGUCCCUUCGCAGGAGCUGCUGUGUGGACAGUCACGGUGCCAGAGGAGCUGGACGCUGGUGCUGCCCCUGCUGAAGUAGUCCAGACAUGAACGCAGAGAAGGGGGGCAGAGUCGGCACCCAGGCCCCCUCUCCUGGGCUCCCGCCACACACAGGCCGUCUGUGCUGCUUGUCCCAUCUGAAUGGCCAGCAGCCAUGGGGCAGUGUUGGCCAAGUGCCCACCACGCAGGGGGCCUGGCUGGGCAGGCAGCAGCCUCGAGGCCUCUCGGCAGUGCAGGUGUAGACAUGAGGCCUGGUGGGAGCGUCACCCAGGGCUGGAUCAGGGAGGACACUGGCCCAGGGGACAGCAGUGUCACCUCCCUCUGCACACAGCCAGCCGGGGCUCCAACCCCUGCACUUCCCAGAUGCUGAGAAUGAGGCGCGGCCUCCUGCAGGCGCCAGCAGGGGCACCUCCCGGCCUCCCCAACCUCACCCCUCCUUUGGCCAGGUUCUGUCCCCAGCCCCAGGCCCAGCGGCCACACCCCAGCUGACUCUUCCCCAGACUCUCCUGCGGCACCCGGACCUGCAUGGCCAUCAGACCUGUUCUGCCUCCCCCCAGCUUCCUCCUUCCCGCCUGUGAGCCGGGCCCAGCAGGCCUGUCCACCACCAGCAGGCAGGCCCUGCUCCCUGAGACCCCCAGCUGUCCCCCCCUGCUCUCAGAACCACCUGCCUCUGGUCUCCACCUGCUGCCCACACUCGGGUCCCUCCCCUGGCCCCUGUGUGGCUGGUGGGCCUCUCCGUCCCUGCAGAGCUCAUCUGCCUGCGGGUCCUGCCUCCUGCCCGGGGACAGAGCAGUGUGCUUCCUCCCGGCGCCCAGGCCUCCCGGGCUCAGCUGACCCCCAGUCUCCUGAGCCCGCCUGCUCCUGGCUCCUCGGGAUGCCCUCCAGGAGACGCUGACCCCAGGGGGGGCAUGCUCCUCUGCCCGGGUCCUGAGGAGGCAGCAGCGCUGGGGCAUGGCCUCAGUGCUGUGGAAUGCGGUGGUGUGAGUGCCUGGGCCCCGCACCUGGGGGAGGCAGAGUCCGGGCAGCUAGUGCCCACCCUGGUGCAGAGGCCUGGGAGUGUCUGCAGAAGGUUCUCAGUGUGGCCCGGAGCUCUUCCCGGAUCCCAGGCCCGCUGGGCGGUGGAGCCAGCAGGCCUGUGGGGGCCAGGCAGGGCCUGGGCUGUGGGCAGGGUCCCCCGCUGCAGCCUCCCCCACAGAGCACAGGCCAGACAGCCCUAGGGGGCCACCGCUGAGGGACAGGCCUCCUGGGGUCAGGCUCACAACAAAGGCCCUUGUGUGCACAUCCUGGGCCUGGCCCGGAGGACAGAGCCCCUUUCAAUGCAGGCCGUCUUCUCUGCCGUCAUGGCCACCUUGGCCUCCAGGGUCCUGGGGCCACACUGAUGCGGCUGACGCAAGAGCGAUUCAAACAGCCAGCAAGGCAGCGCGGCCACAGGCCUGUCCCUGACUUCAGCUCACCUCAAAUUCCCUCUGACCCAAA